AUGGCCGAAACCACCAGCAGCGCCGCUCCGCUCACGCCCGAGCAGAGCCGCGCGCUGUUCGACAUCCUCACGCACCACGAAACCUACAAAGAAAUCCAAGACUUCAAAUUCCCAGGCGCCAUCUACAGCUAUGGUCCACCCUUCCAAGACGAUGUCAACUCCUCCCAGUCCCCCAUCUUGCAAUCCCUCCUCGCCAAGUUCAUCCUCAAAUUGCCCGGUCUGAGGGACGUAUCCGAGGAAUUCUGGCGAGGUCGUGUCGAGAACCUCAUCCAGGACCUGGCGGACGCGGAACUGAGCGAGAGCUACGACAAGGGGAUUUUGGGCAUCCGCAAGACGCUCGCGACGGCCAUCGCUGCCCUGAUUGAAUAUCCUGCUCGAGGGGCGUUGGGUGGCUUUCCGAAGCAGCCGAAUAUCGACCACGACCGAACGUACGAUGUGGCGAAUCCAGACGAUGUGUUGCAGUCGUGGCGGGACUGCAUACAGCAGAUUGUUUACGGCGAUUUGAUCGAUGAGUUGUUCGCGAAGGCCGCCGAGACGGACAAUCUCGAUUCGCAUCCGCCCGUUGUGCAGGCUAUGCAUGAGUUUCUUGUUGUAAAUCUUGCGUCGAUCAUGCAUUACACGCUGGUGCUCUCUCCUGAGGGGCCGACGUUGCUCAGGAUGAUUGAGAGUGUGCAUCAUCUCAUUCCAUACAUGUUGGUUCGACAGACUCUGAAAGUUGGCAACGUCGCCACCAUGCUGAGCGGGAUUAUGAGAAUCGUGCUGGCCAAGGCGAGCGUGGCCUCUGUCACGAAUUGGAUCGGACUUUCGAGUGGAGCUGACGAGGGCAUGAACUUACUGCAACAGAUCAUAUCUCAAGUGCUAAGCUGGGACAAGCGCGAUCUUAGGAAACGUGCCGACAAAAUCGAAAAGGAGCAUCAUGCACCACCGAAAGAAGUACGGGAAGAGCUGAAGAGCUGGAUCCAGCGAAGUCGAGCCGAGCACGAUGAAACUCGAAGACAGAGCCAAGAACAGAACAUGUCGAUCGUCGCCGUGAUCUUGUCUCUGUCUUCUGUUUCCGUGGAGAUGACAGAGCAGCAACAUUCGAAAGCUUUGGAAUAUCUGUCACUCCAUCUGGCCGUUCGAGAUCGACAGGAGAUCGUCCGAGUGCUUUGCAAACGCAACCCAGACAUUCUGACUGCUGCAAUCCGAGACGCCGUCGAUGCGUACACUCCCAUAAUAAGACACAUACAUCAAGCAGUCAACCUCAGCGACAGCCUAUGGGACUUGGAGCAGUUCCUUACAGACAUGCUCAAGAUAUCGAAGCCAAGCGGACCUAAGGGACAGGAGAAGACGCCAUCAGUGGAAGCAUUCGUGGAUCUGUUGCAUCGACAUCAGGGAAGCCUACACAAAUUCCUACAUCAAGUGGCGAAGAACGGGAAGGAGGUCACAUCGUGGUUCAAAGAAUACUCACACACAGCUGCCUCGAUGUUCAGAAACCACGAGAAGCCACCUCCCAGCGAGUCUGUCGUCUCCGAUAAGAUAGUGACAGGCGGUCUCCAAGCCGAACUGACCAAGACCUUCGCCGAACUACCGGAGAAAGAAAAGGAAGUCGUCAAGCAAGAACUAGAAGCCCACGGCAAAUACAUCGACGACCUCCACGCCGCCUCCGCAGCACGAAUAAGCGCUGUCAUCAAGCGCAACCAUGCCACACCUUUCGGUCCAGGAGCGUACCUAGCAAGAUGGCAACAUCUCAUGGACAAAACGCCCAUAACACCCGCGUCCGCCCACGGCCCUGUGCGAAGCGGCGCGAACAAAUCCGUCAAAGAAGAGAGCAGAAAGGACGUCGACGGCGGAGAAGGCGGUCUCAGCGAAGACCAAGCACAAAAGGCCGUGGGCGACAAGAUGCCCGUACCACCCCAGUCAGAGACGACGUUGAAGUGCUUCGCGGAGAAGUUUAGACACGCGCUUGCGACAGGAUAG